UUUUGUGCCUUUCAAUCAAUCUCAAUUUUCUAGUGUUUAUACAAUUCAGCUGGAAAUAUUAAAAUUAAAGAUAUUAAAAAUAAAAUUAGCUCGCUAAAAUGCUGUAACAUAAAACAAAUAACAUGCUUCUUUCGAUUUAUAAGGCGUGCUUGUGUUGAAAAAGAGCCAAGUGUAAUAACUCGCAUAGAUAAAUUUUGAUAAAGAAAAGAGUACUGAAGUACAAGUUCUAUUUAUAUCACGGAAGGUGAUAUUGCGCACGCAAGUGAAAAUUUUCAAAUUUUGUUUUUCAAAAGAAAGAAAAACAAAAUAAAUGGUUGGUGGUGCAACGAAGAGUUAAGUGCUGUGUUAAUUGAUUACUGGUGCAUUUUGUUUUGUGCAUGCUAUGCAGUGCGAGAACUGGUGAAUAUACACACAUAUGUUGGAUUGUAAAAAUCUGAAAUAGACUUCAUUGCAUCGAUAAGGAAAAGCGGCGGAAGCACCAUUCUUUCAUCUUUAACAGCAGUAAUGAUGAACGCAAUUUCAUCAUUUUGGAUGCAAUUACUGUUUGUUGUAUUCCUUUCAGUGCAGAGCAUCCAAGCCAUGGACAAUUCACCUGGCGAAACGCAUCCGCUGAGAGUUGAGAUGAAAAUCAAUAGUAAUGCGAACAUAACAUGCCGCAUAAAUCCGACCAAAUUUCCCAACUAUACCGACAGCUCUUCAUUGUAUUUCGUCGAAGAGGAUACGGGCAAGAGAGUACCAUCGCUUCAUACAGAGAUUCUAAAUGAAACCGCGAUUGUGUUUCAUCUGCGAAACGCCAAAGAACAGCAGCGCAAUUAUAUAUGCAAGAGUGAUGACAUGGCUAUAGGCAUCACCCACGUGAUAGUUGGUACUGCACCCCAAAACGUUACGGACUUCAAAUGUCGAGGACAUGAUUACACAUAUAUGGUGUGCAAUUUUACAAUGCCACAUAAUUUGAUACCCACUAAAUACAAUCUUUACUAUAUGCCCCAGACGGAGUUUCGCACCAAAACGUUGGAUGAGAAAGAAAAGCGUUUUUAUUCACAGGAUAAUAAAUAUGUAUGCACCUUGGAGGUGCAAGACAAACAGGCCAUAUGUAAUUUGACUCAGGAACAGAAUAGCUAUCGCUACUCCCAAGAAUAUUUCAACUUCACCUUGGAGGUCAACAAUGAGUUGGGCGGAAAUGUGCAAAACUUUUGGAUAAACAAUUACGAGAGCGUUAUACCUCCUAAGCCGGUGUAUGGCUUUGAGAAAAUCACAAAUAAUUCGGCCGUCAUAAAAUGGCGCAUGCCCAAGUAUAGCUAUUAUGCAGCUAAAGGUUUGCAAUAUCAGGUACUAUUGCGGCUAAAAAAUCGUGCUAAUUGGAUGAAUUUCACCAAAUUUAAAACACGCAACAAUGGUUCAGAAUAUAGAAUCACUUUGUUUGAUUUACCAUAUGCGUAUUUUUGGUAUGAGCUGAGUCUGCGCGUACGAGUGACUUCACCCAAUGACGAUUCGUACUGGAGUGAACCGCACAUUGAGGAGUUCCAGACCAAAGCAUGUCCGCCAAAUGCUGCACCGCUCACCGAUGUUGGAAGCUUCUACAUUAAUUCCACAGAAACUGUACUUCGUCUCUAUUGGCAUCAGAUACCCGAUUAUAGGGUGAAUGGACCAGAUUUUAAGUAUACCAUCAAACAGAUCAAAAUGGAUGACGUUGAGGUUUCUAUGGAGCCUCUUCAUAUCGAUCGGAUAUCGGCUGUAUUUAGAUGGAACAAAACACACAAUUAUGAAUUUGUUAUUGUCAGCAGUAAUGCUGAAGGCGAAUCUCCAGACCAUAGCACAAUUACUGUUCCCCGUUGGCCGAAACAUGAUAGGAGUUUAUAUUCGCCGGAGUGGAUACGGAACGUAUACAAUAGGGAAAACCGCACAUACACAUUGUCUUGGAAUGCGCCCAAAAAAACGGACGAUUUAAUCAAUUAUACGGUUUUCUGGUGUCAGUCGAAGAAAGCCACCCCGGAUGAAUGUGAGGACUCUAUUAACUUUAAACAUGUCAACAAAAAUACAACCAUGUUCGAAACCUCAAGUGAGGACAAAAGUCUUAACAUGGCGGUUUCAGCUAAUUAUCGACUUUUCAAUAGCGGCAUGCAUUGGUCCCCGUGCGCUGCUGAUGGCACAAGUGAUUUAGCCAAAAUGGAACCGGAAAAAUAUGCUUCAGCUCGCAGCAUUACGCUGCAAUGGGAUUCAGAACAUGUGUGUCAAUCUCUGGUGGAGGGCUAUAACAUAACCUAUUGUCGCUUGCAUCGCAAGCACAACACCGAUGGUGAAAAAUCGACUGUGUGUGCCGAAGAGCCCAUUACUCGCACCUUGCCAGGCAGAGACAAAAAGUUUGUCAUAGAAAAUUUGCAUCCCUUCUCUACGUACAAAGUGGAAAUGUUGAUGUUCUCUAAAUACAAACAUGGCAAAAUGAGUGAACCACAAAUUGUCAGUACCACUGAAGAGGCUCCAUCGCAGCCAUCGCAGUUAGAGGCUCACAACAUUACCAGCAAUUCUGCGGUCCUGACAUGGCUUUCGCCGGAACAUCAUAAUGGAGUUCUAAAGAAAUAUAGAAUAGAAUACAACAAUGAGCAUCACAUCAUCGAAUGUUCGUCUGACGAAACGGGAUCACUUUGCUCGCAGAAGAAAAUGACAUACACUCUGGAGAAUUUGAGCAGUUUUACAAGUUAUAAAGUUUAUGUGGUAGCCCACACAAUAGCCGAUUCGAAGCAUAGCAAUGACAUAACGGUCAAUACUUUGGUGGGAAUUCCCUCGAAUCCUCGUCACGUAAAAACUAAAGAGAAGACACAAAAUGUUCUUCAAUGGUCCCCACCCGAAGUGCCCUCCGGUCGCGUGGAGUUCUAUGAAGUAGCCAUUGAGGUCUUGUAUAAGGACGUCGUACAAAGGCAACAUAUAUCGACAGUUGUAGGCUCGACGGAAUGUGUCUACCACCUGCCAGUGUGUGUUGAUGCCGAUUAUAGAUUUAAACUGCAUGUGAGAGCGGUAAAUGUGGCCCGAAGGGAUACGGAAAUAGACCGUUACAUAUUUGCCACAAUGAACAAAACAUUCGUUGAAAGAGAGCAUCGUGAGAACAAUGAUGAUCUCCGAUGUGAAGGAGAUCGUGUAGCCAUGGAACGCCAAAGGGCGCUAAUAGAGGAAUAUAGCGAUUCCCAAAAAUAUGUGCAGUAUAAGUCGGUGUGGUCUGUGGGCCCGGUCACUAAUUGCUCAUACACCAAGUCAAGUCGUAUACUAAUGUUGUCAUUGCUUGUUUUAGUUUUGUCUGCGGGUCUCGCAGUAGGUUUUAAUGAGGCACGCAAAGUAUUGCAGAAAAUGGCCAAUAUCACAUGUGUUCUACCACCGGACGCAAAUACCGUAAACUAUCCCAACUAUCCAAAAAACGACUACAAUAACGAAAACCGGUAUCUGCUGUCUUCAAUUAGCAAUGACUCGGGAUAUAUUUGCCACAAUGGAGAUGAUUACAAUAGGGAUCAUAUCAAUGCUAAAAGUGGUGGUGGUGGUGGUGACCAUGCAACGGAUUCAUUGGGUAAAAGUUGCGAUUACAUGGGCUCAGAUCAUUCUACACAAUAUUGCAGCAAUGAGGCAGUGAUCAGACAGGGCAGUGUGGACUCUGAUCGAACACCGGAUGGUAAUGAUGCGUACAUGGCCAUGGAGCUGUUGAAUUCGAAUGAGAAAAUUUGCCAGCGAGAGCCAACUGGUUACACACAGCCCACUUUCAGUGCCAUAAAUGGGGGCCAGAACACGCAGCUACCCUCUUGGUUAAUGCCUACUCAGAAUGGUUACAUUACGCAAGUAACUGCAACAAAAAUAAAUAAUGCAUCCCAACAAAUGAUACCAACCGAGAAUGGUUAUGUCAAACCAGAUGAAAAACUUUUGCAACAAGAGCCCCAUAGCAACUCAUUUGAUAGCAUGCUGACAACGGCACAACCGGAAAACCGGGGAGGCUAUAUACAGCCCACUUUCAGUGCCAUAAGUGGAGACCCGAAGAAACAGUUAAGCCCCUGGUUUAUGCCCACCGCAACAAAUAAUGCAGCCCAACAAAUGAGACCAUCGGAGAAUGCUUAUGUAAAGCCACAGAAUUUUAUAAAUUGGCCUACACAGAAAUUCUCUGCAAAAGCAAUUUCGCCACUGACGGCGCGGCAUAAAGCAGUUCCUACAACAUUGGGUGAUAUGCCCAUGAACAAUUCAGGCUAUGUGUCGCCAGAAAUGCUGCAGAAGUCCUUAUUACAGCCCCCUAGCACCAAUGGCUACACAACACUGGAGGCAUUGGCAAAUUUUCCGCAGAUAUUCACAACUGCGACAAAGAAACCUUGUUGACCAUGUACAAAGCAAUUGGCCGGUCUGUGGUAAGUUAUGCAGUGCCAGUGUUGUCUCGUCCGAAUGCCGCCCUCCGAACUGUCUCCUUAGUUCUCAAGUGGACCACCAUCUCUAUCUGGAGACAAAGAUGCUACCAGUGGGAAGACAUAACUAAAUGCAGAGACCAUCCAAAUCACCAGCGCCCAGAAGCCUUAGGGCCAGUUCUGCAUGAUCUAGAGCGUCAGCGUUCAGCGCUACAAGAGAGAACCCCCAAAAUCCAAUCCCCAGGCAGCCGUCCUUUAUCGACAAGGGCUGCCGCCUCAGUGUACAACUGUACACUGCUACAACAACAACUCCUAAAUCAAGCGGCAUAUCAAGCGGUUCUAGACACGGCAGCAGAAGCGGUUAAUAGCUACCGGUUGAAUGUAGUCCAUUGGAGAACGACCGCCUCCCAUUGCACCUGAAGAAAUUAGAAACCUUCUCCGCGCCAUCCAGAGUAGUUCUGGCUCAAUUACGUUCCGCCUCAACUACUACAGGGCAAGGAUUGAUGCCGACGUGCUAGAUGUAUGUCACCUCUUUAACUGCCCAGCUAGACCCACACUCGGACAUAGACCCAGAUCCCUGUGGACGCACCCCAUCUUAGUAGCAGAGUUCCUGGAUCUUGAUCACGCAACAGAAUCAAGCAGACGAAAGAUAUAACACAGAACUAUUACAGAGCAAGGAUUGAUGCCGACGUGCAAGAUAUAUGUCCUGAUUGUAACCAGGGAUCACACGAUACACGUCACCUCUUUAACUAGACCCACACUCGGACUCGGACCCAGCUCCCUGUGGACGCACCCCAUCUUAGUAGCAAAGUUCCUGGAUCUUGAUCACUCAACAGAAUCAAGCCGACGAAAGAUAUAACACAGAACUACUACAGAGCAAGGAUUGAUGCCGACGUGCAAGAUAUAUGUCCUGAUUGUAACCAGGGAUCACACGAUACACGUCACCUCUUAAACUAGACCCACACUCGGACUCGGACCCAGCUCCCUGUGGACGCACCCCAUCUUAGUAGCAAAGUUCAAGCAGACGAAAGAUAUAACACAAUAAACUGCUGCAACAACUGCGACCGGUCGUGAAGGAGAAGACAAUAUAUAGCCAACCACUUUGUGAUAUGUCACAUAAGGAGUUAACCGCCCUUGGGCAGCAUCAUCAGCAGCACCAAUUAAACUGAGAGAUUUAUGUUCAUUGUAAUAUAGUUAGCUUUGUAGGGCGACUUAAACGGUUCAGUAGGUUGUUGUUGCCGAUGUUGCACAACUCCAUCGGUUCAAUCCGGUACAUACAACCGGCUGCCAUGGGAUGGUGGCUCUACAGGUACCUGCACCCGCUUCGGUGGUAUCACAUUGGACACAAAUGUCGAAGUAUUCUGAUGCCAACUGCCACAGAAACCCCAUCUAAUACACAUUGCUGUACAAAUUGAGAUUUUUUUUGUCAUCACAAUUUCAUGUGUACAUACUACCAUUAGCUUUAUUUACAUAUAUCAUACAAUAUUAGCUUACAUGAAAACAAAUUUGUUGUUGCACAUUGUAAUUAUUAGUUUUAUGACAUUAGAUUAAGUGCUAAGGAAAACAAAUGACUAAUAGUGCCUUCAGCAACUCAACGCCAAUCCACUCUUGACCAUACAUAGCACAUACCACGUUUCGCGCUGAUACACUUGACACUAUGCAUUGGGUUGCCCAAAAAGUAAUUGCGGAUUUUUUAAAAGAAAUG